AUGGCGGAAAUGAAUCAAACCUCUCGACUUCACAACUUGCCGGUCGAGUUGCUGAUGGGGAUAUUUAUCUACCUUGAUCGCGCCUCCCUGACUCGCUUACGCUGCAUAUGCCGUCGUCUUUAUGAUGUCGUGGCGCCGGAGGUCUAUCGGAACCCGCGCAUAGAGGACGACAAAGGUAGCUCUUUUGCAGCAUGCUUGGACGAAAGGCCUGACCUCGCCAGGCAUGUCAAGUCCUUGACAGUGCACUAUCAUCAGGGAGUGAUAUCCGGUCGAGAUAGGAUUAAUUCCCUAACAAAGCUCUACACAUGGCGACCAAAGCUGCCCGAUCUCCCGGUGGCGCCCUCUGAGAAUCCUCAAUAUGCAGAGGCUCUGUCGACGCAGCUCACCCACAUGGAUGGGCUUCGCAGGCUGGCAAUCCGAGCUUAUGCAUACGAGGACUCUUACGAGGAUUUGGCAAUAGCACUAAACCAGGAGGUGUCGACGCACACCACCAAGACUCGGCAGCUGGAAGAAUGCGCAAAGUUCCACGCACUUUUCCUGCAGUCAGUGUCGUCUCCGAUCCUAAUGAAUCUACAGACCUGCGAGCUCAAUCUGAGCAACGGUGAACGCUGGGACCUUGGUUUGCGGGACUCUAUCUUCCUCCACCCAUAUCUGAAAUGCCUUUCCAUCUAUGCAGCCACCAUGCAAGAUUUCUGCUGUUUUAACGAGACCAGGAGAUACAGCACCUCCCUUGAAGAACUUACCAUGCGCGGAUGCGAUAUUGGAACCGAAGCUCUGGGCAAAAUCCUAGCGGUCCCAAGGACCCUCCGACGAUUCACAUUCAAGGGCACGAUUCGUCAAUUAACGCUCCGCGCGGGCAAUGUCAGACAGCAAUACAUAGAAUCCAUUGCACAACAGGCACAUUCACUACAUGCUUUGGACCUUGACUUCCCCAACGACACCUGUAUGAGGACUCCAAACUCACCGGCGGAUUUCCGAUCCUUUUCUGUUUUACAGCAACUAGCCACCACCGUGGAUAUUGUCGAAGGAAAUCUGGUUCCGUGGACUAGCCCGCCUACUCAGCACCUCUUCCCACCGAGCUUGGAGGGCCUUUACAUUAUACACGACGAUGGCGUUGGUAAUUGUACGGACUGGGAGGAAUUGUAUGUCGAGGCAGUUCAUCGGUGGGUGGUCGACGAUACCCUACCUAAUCUCAGCACAGUGACCUUUGGCAUGUUGCAGACGUGGUACAAUCGCGGGCUGCGAGAGGAGUCAGACAUGCCCCUUUCCAACACAGAUGUAGUCCUUCAACGACGACGUAUCCAACGGGAGCAGCCCUUCCCGGACAUCGAGUGUCUCUGUUGCGAAGGCUGGACGGUUAGUGGGAAUCCUUUCGGGCUCUAG